GGUGUUCUAUCCUAUACUUUGUUUGUAAUAUUGCAUUUUUCUCUUUAGAUUGUAGGUGCACUGGAAGAGUAUGGGGACGGGCAGGCGACCGCCAACCGCAUGCGGAAGGUGGAUCGGGCCCUCCUGCAGCAUUUGACCUGUUUCCUCCAGGAUUUCAAGUCUGAAACCAAAAUUCUGGAGGGAAACAGCCUGACACAGCCUACUAUGCCCUACGUCUUGCUCGCCGCCACCUCUCUUCGCGACCACUGCGAGCCAGCCGACGGCGACUGCCGUCAAAUUGAAGUAGCUCGAGGGCGGUGCCUUGGCUUUUUGAACGACAAGUUCAAACCCUCAAUGAAAGCCAAGGUAGCAACUUUCCUGUGGCCGGAUUUCAAGGAGCUGGUGAUGCUGCCGCAGGAGGAGAGGGAUGAGGUCCAAGCGAGGGUGCGCGCCCUUAUCGCGGAGCCGGACGAGGCUGCCGCCGCCGCGGCGGAGGAUGCACCCGACGCCGACGGCCCUCCUUCCCCCAAGGCGCCACGCCUGGACCUCGCCAGCAGGUACAACAAGUACCGCGUGCAGGCACCACCCGCAGCGGCGCAGGAUGAGGUGGAGAAGUAUCUUCGGAUGUCUGUGUCAGUGCCAGCGGACCAGCUCCUGGCAUGGUGGAAACUAAUGGUAAGUACUAAGUUUAUACACCCGACCCUACGCGUAUACGCAUAACCAGCAACCACCCCACAAACACGCAGCACUG